AUGAUCCUACCGAGAUCAGAUACGUUGAAUAUUAACCCGCCUGCGGGUAACCAGGCUCUCAGUGUCGGUGGUUCCGACUGGCUAUGGGCUGUAACGGCCGUCUUUGUCUUAGAAUUCCUCGCCUUCUUCGGCCUGACCUUUGUGGCCCGCUCGAGGGAGAGGAUCUUCCACUACCUAUUUACCAUUACUCUCCUUGUCGGCUCCAUCGCAUACUACACCAUGGCUUCAGACCUAGCUUGGGAUGUAAUCAACCAAGUAAAUCAGACCCAGAACGGCAGCCGUCAGAUCUUCUUUGCCAAGUAUGUCUACUGGGUCGUGUCCUUCCCUGUUGUGACCGUCGCUCUUGGUCUCGUCAGCGGUGUCUCCUGGGCAAGCAUACUCUAUAACGUUACCCUCUCCUGGACCUGGGUACUGUCCUACUUAUUCACGGCCUACACAGCCUCGACGUAUAAAUGGGGCUUCUAUGCUUUCGGGACUGCGGCAUAUCUUCUGCUGGCCUACAGCACAUUGUUCGAGGGCCGGCGGUCUCUGAUUACGCGCGACUUCGGUCCAGCUCGCAAUCAUCACACAAUCCUUGCCGCCUGGACUAAUCUUCUCUGGUUAAAUUACCCAAUUGCCUUUGGUAUCUCGGAUGGAGGUAACAAGAUCGGUGUCACACCUAGUUUUAUCUACUUUGGCAUCCUCGACUUGCUCAUGGUGCCAGUUCUGGCCGUCGCAUUCUUGUUCCUGGCCCGUAAAUGGGACUACGGCAGCAUGAACAUCGCUUUCACACAGUACGGUCGAGUGAGAGCCUCCGAGGGGACUUACCCUGAGAAGAGCACCACUGCCACUGGCCCUGCCGGUGGCCCUGUGGCCAGUGAGCCAGCGCCCGCUGCCGUGUAG